AUGCUAUCCUCAUUCUUUCUAAUUCUUUUUUUCUUUUUAAUCAUCUAUUUGGGCACUUCCAUGAGCUCUCACCCUUAUCUUCACUCAAUGAAUCAUCACCUGCAUCCACUUCUACCAUACCACGGCUGCCAUGGUGACAUCACGACCAUGGAGACUUCGGGGCUGCCUGUGAUUUAACUUGAAAUAUUGAAUUGUGGGAUUUGUGGUUCUGAAAUGUUUGCUGAAAUGGAUUUGAGGGCCUUAAAAGCCUUACCAGACUCUGAUUAAAAAGAAGUUGGGCUGAGGCAUUGUGUGGACCCAGCUCUUAUUGCAGCUAUCUCCAGAGAAAACCAUGGUGGAGCCAACCUACAAGAUGGUUGGGACGACAGGGGAAUUAAAUUUGGCCUAAUACAGCUUGAUAAAAAUAUUUGUCAUCCCAUUGGUACCUGGGACAGCAAAGAACACCUUCUGCAGGCUGUUGGGAUUCUAACAGGCAAAAUUAAGGCAAUCCAGAAUAAAUUCCGGUGGAAUGUGUCUCAACACCUCAAAGGUAGGUCAUAUUUGCAGUAUUUUGUUUAA